AUGUUGGUUACACUUGCCGCCUCGUUGGCGGCAUUCGUAAUCGUUUCUGUCAGAGGGAAGGACCUCUAUCAGUCACAGAAGACUAUACUGUGUCCUCGAGUCGACUCCAGGGUCAGUCGUGGUAGUGAUUCUGUUGAGAUUGCGAAGAAAAAUAGAGUAAGUGUCGCAGAGGCGCCCAUUAUCAAACGCAUCGAUACCCGUAAGGUAUCGCUCAAGCCUGAGGAUGUCAAUUCACCGUCUUCCCGUUUGAAUUCCAGCGAUUUAUCCGGCGAUAUGUAUAAAGAAAAUGGUGAAAGACAGUUACAAAGAAGAGUUUUGGCUGUAGGUAGGUGCAGCUCUGUCGGUUCGGACAAUGCACUUUAUAAACGCGUGAUUGGUAGUGUUAUAAAGAACAAUGGAGUAAAGAAUACGACUGCUGAUUUGGACAAUAGAGUGGUGGAUGCCUCAACCACCCCGUUCACUUUCUUCGAUAGUGGCUGGGCCACUGAGAGAGUACUGCCGCUAACAGUUGCGCAACGUCCAAAGUAUGCCAUUGGGAUGCGCCAGACAUUCCCUAUCCCAUAUUGUUCUAUAGUUCCACAACCAAGUGUUUUCCGUGUAAUGGGUAACCUUUUGGCAUCACUGAGGCUGCUGUUGAUCAACCAACGUCCACCAUACAGUGAGAACCCUUUGGCACUUUUUUGUAUGGCAACUCUGUCGGCUAUUCCAUUGUUUGUUGUGCGUUUUGCAAGUUUGCCGCCGAUAAUGGAUCUGUUAAGAAAGCGUUGGGCGUUCCAGGGUGAGUGUGGUGACUUCACCGUUGAAGAGGUUUUGAGUGGUAUGAUUACUGUACUCACGGCUGAAUCUGCAUUAAAGUUAGCAUUACGUGCAUGGUUUUACGGUCGUAAUGUCCAUUGGGAUGUAAUGCUCCCGACUAAACUUAGCAAUUUGGGUCGUGGCCUAUCGCAUUAUUUCUCCUUUAUACCAAGAGCCAUUAGUAUUUUGGGCGGUGGCAUUUUGGGUGGAUAUUGGAAUGCCGAAGUGUUACAUGGUGUGGUACACGUAUUGGUCCACGCUGCCGUUUUUGCAAGAUUGGCGUUGUUUACAGCUGUACAGCAUGCCUUCUUCAAGGAGAACUACCACACCGCUGCCUUCCUCCUAAGUCCUGUGGUAUCACAAUUGGCUUCUGCGGUUACUGCUUUAAUGUGUGCUAUAUCGAGUGCAGCAAGUUUGGGUACUAUGUUGAUUUUCAAGAACUUCGCAAACGCUGUUGAUGUGGAGCAUCUCCUUGAUUCUACAGGGUUCCGCACUACUGAGAGUCAAGCUGCAGCUACCAGCUAUCUUCGGAAUGCUCUGCAUAAUAUCCCUAAGUUCUUCAAAUCGGACCAUUUUGAUAUGCUUGUGCAGUUAACGUACUACCAUGACUAUUUAGUGCGUUUGGUGCCCCGUGGGAUAGAAUGGCCGUUGCUGUUAUUGCAUUUUUCUAUGGCCCUGAACUCCAACUCUGCUGCAGGAUUAUACCUUGCCGUGGUCAACUUGGUCUAUGCUGUUGUGAACCAACGACUGAGUACCUAUGAGCGUUCUAUUCUAACUCGUGACAUCGAUGAGAUUGUCCAAGAAUCCCAUUAA